AUGUCUACACCUCAAAGGCUUAAUUCUCCCAAUAAUGAGCAAAGAACGAUCCAACUGCCUGUCGAUCCUGAACGUGGCAUAGGACUUGCUACAGUCGUUUAUGCUCGCAAUGGCCAUAUAGAACAUCAAAGUCGGCACUUCCAAGACGAUCGCAUAUUCCCUGCAGACAUGGUUGCCAGUAGGAACGAACGCCAGGACACUGAAGGCCAGGAUUCAACAGAUAUCAACAGCGAAUGCUCACUGUUUGACGAUGGGGAGUCACAGGAACAGGCAGAGAAGGGUUGUCAUUGUUACCGGGACACUGAGGUCGAUGAGUCCUCUUCUGUCUUCAAUGGAGAUGUGGUUAAUGGCAUGAAACCCGCAAGUGUUCGGAAGCAUCAUAUGCAUGGUGGCUCGGUCAAGCGAAACAGUAGAUUGGUCAAUGGCGAUCUUGAUAGGCAGUCCUUUCUUGCCUUUUUCUGUCGCGAUUAA